UCCCAUCCUAAACCCAAUUCCCCAAUUUCCAAAUACGAUCCUUCCCCCUAGUUAACCCAUCAAAAAUCCAUGCAGACGCCGUCGACGCAGCUUAUUCGGGGCAUCCUCGACAACCUCAGCAGGGAUUCCCUCUCUCGCUGAUGUGAUAAAAUCGAAAAAGAAUAGCGGCCUUUCUUCUAUCCGACAUCCACCCAAUGGAAAUAAACCAGACGACAGAAGCAAUCCACUACCAGCCAAUAACCAUAGAUCCUCCCACCUACUUGCACCUUCCCCAAUCCAAGAUAAACCCCAUUUUCACAUCACACAAGACAACAAAAGAAGCAAAGAGUAGAUUUAUACUCUCCGAAGAAACCAUAAAUCAAACCCAUUCCCCCGCAGCUUGCAUCAUCACCAGCCACGAUCUCAUCCACUGGCAUCGCUGCCGCAGCACGGUCAUCCCUCUGCAUAUCAUCAACGCCAUCCCCUUCUGAUUCACUGCAGCAGUAGCUCAACAAUCCACUACCAGGCGGCUCUCAGCAAAACCCCAAACACAAUAGCAUCCUCCAUAAGCACCCACUCUACACCCCGCUCCUCCACAACAACGUUCCCAAAUAAAAAAUAAAGUCCUCUCCCUCAAAAUCAUGGGUGUCGACUAUGGGAAAGCCCUCUGCCAAAACCCGUCUCUCCACACCGCCACCGUAGACUCCAUCAAUGUCGUCGUCUCGUUCUGAUCAGCCCCGGUCGUUCUUCGGCGGUGCGACUGACCCAGAUCGGAGGACGGUAUUCGUGGUGGGAGCCGGGAGGAUAUGACCGGGAGAUUUUUUUUAUAAUUAUAGAAAAUUAAUUUUUAUCUCUUAAUAGUUGUGAAAAUGGGGUGGAAAGUUUAAAUGAUUAAAUUUUAUGUUUAAUUUAUUUUCAAAUUGUCACAUCACAUAUUUAACGGUCAACUAUAAGAGUUGACUGCCACGUUAGUCAAAGUUAAUGGAGUUGGACGGAGAGUGACCAAACUUGAAAUCUUUAAGUAAUUCUAGUGACCACGAAUGGAAUUAAAUAUUUAUAGUGACCAAACGUGAACGUUUUUAGUAAACACAGUGACCAAACUUGCAAUCAACCCGGAUAAAAUACAACACAAAUUAAAUGCAAAAACAAGUGAUUAACAGAUUUUAUUAUCGGUGGACAAUAAUCUCAUGUCGUGUACGUGAUCAGUAGCCUUCAAAAUCCAAGAAAAAUGGCUUUUCAAACCCGAAAUUUGUGAUGGUACCCUUUGGAAUCUAGUAAAAAUGGACUGGGGAAUAGCCUCAAUCAGAAUCCGUGAUCUAUAGCCUUCGAAAUCAAAGGAAAAUAUAAUUUCCAAAAAAUUGCCCAAAAUCUAUGAUGCCACCCCUUUGGAAUCUGGUGAAAAUGGACACGGGAAGAAUCUGCCACAAUCCUCGAUUAAUAGACUUCACCAUGGGUAGAGAAUAUCUUGAUGCUGAAUCAGUGAUCGGUAACCUUCAAAAUCCAUGGAAAACGACCUUUCAAAGAAACUGCAGAAAUAUGAGAUGGUGUACCCCUUUGAAAUAUGGCGAAAAUGGACCCGGAAUAAAUCCGCCCAAAUCGUCGAUUAAUAGACUUCAUCAUCGGUGGAGAAUAGCCUCAGGCCGAAUCCGUGAUCAGUAGCGCGUUCAAAAUCCAUGGAAAAUGUCCUUCCGUAGAAACCUCCUGAAAUCUGUAGUGGUACCCCCUUUGAAAUUCACCCAAAUCGUCAGUUAAUAAUAUACUUCAUCAUUGAUGGAAAAUAGUCUCAGGCCGAAUCCGUGAUCAGUAGCUAUCAAAAUUCAAGAAAAAUGGUCUUUCGACAAAUCACUUAUAAGCUAUAAUAAUACCCCUUUGAAAUCUAGCAAAUUUGGACACAAAAACAAAAUCACCCCAAAUCGUUGAUUAAUACACUUUGAUUUUUAAGCAAGGAAAAUUACUUUGGUUUUAAUAAUAAUAAUAAUAAUAAUAAUAAUUACAUAUACGUCUUUUUUUCUGAGUGAUAUCAAUAGAAGACAAGAGUUAUUCAUACAGAUCUACCCAGGACCCCUUACAAUAUAAUCUAAUGAAGCCACCCCAAAAAAUCGAAAGAUUCUAGCUCUAGACGAGACAAAAGCAGUGCUUUAAGCGCCACUUUCUGGGCAACACUGUUGGCAAUUCUAGGAACCGCCCUAAACUCUUAACAAAUGGACAAAGAGUUAAGGAUCUGACGACACUCUCGCAACACCAAACCACCAAUCGAGACUUCUAUGAUGCCAUGCUGGAUCUGCUUGACGACCACUUCGAAAUCACCUUCGACUAUUACAUAAUUACAUAUACAUCUCUCUCCACACAAACCGAGAUGGCCGUAAUAUCUUCCAACUUCUUAUACUAAUAGAAGCGCGCAUAAAAG